CGAACAGGUCGCAGCGAUCGCGAAGCGCCAGUCCUCUCCCGUCCAUCGACGUGGCCGCACCGUGACUCGUGGAUGUUCGAGAGAGACAGACAGCCCCAGCCAACAGACACCCAGUCAGUCGAGCCAGGCCACGGCUGAGGGAAAAAUUUUAGUCGGAGGAUCGGGGACGCCGCGAGAAAGAGAAAGAGGGAGAGAGAUAGAUAGAGGAGGGAGAGGCAGGCAGGCGGGAGGGAAGGAGAACCGCUCGGAAGCCGCUUGGCCGGGACUCGCGUGGAUCAUCGGCGGCGAUCAGAGGUCAUUCGACGGAUUUGCAUCGAGGUGAACGGUUCACCGGGGACUCCUGUCGCGUGUCCUUCGAGGGGUGUCGAGUAAUCGGCACGAUCCAGAUCCGGGCCUGUAGCCAAUCGUUCCCGUCCGAACAUUAGUGCAGGCCGCCGCGGUGUUGACCCACGCCACGUGACAGCAAGUCGAACUGUACGGACUGAAGUGUGUGCGACCGGUAUUCACGGACGAUUUUAUUUACGAUUCGGAAAGGUUCUCGGUGGUAACAACCAGCGGACGCGGUCGAGGGUAAUGGUGUGUUGUAUCGUGUGACCCGGACUUUGAACGAUCGGUUGGAUCCUAAAAAGAAGGUUGAUUUAUUGAGUUUGUGGUGCCGACUGAUACCGGGUGGCCAGUUUGUUUUGGAUAUCGUUGGACUGCGAAGAUGAACCAACAGUGCAAGGUCUGCGGCGAGCCGGCGGCUGGUUUUCAUUUCGGGGCGUUCACGUGCGAGGGUUGCAAGUCGUUCUUCGGCCGUACCUACAACAACCUGAGCAGCAUCUCGGAAUGCAAGAACGGCGGCGUGUGCGUGAUCAACAAGAAGAACCGCACCGCGUGCAAGGCUUGCCGGUUGCGCAAGUGCCUGAUGGUCGGGAUGUCGAAGUCGGGCUCGCGUUACGGCCGCCGCUCGAAUUGGUUCAAGAUCCACUGCCUCCUACAGGAGCAAACCAACGGGAACCAGAGCGUAAACGUGACGCCUGGCGCGGGAUCACCGUUUGGCCCGGGCUUCUUGCCUGGUUUCCUGCCGCAGACACCCGGACAGCAAACGAGCGGAGUCUACAAGGACGGGAAGGACCGCGCGUCACCUAGUCAAGAGGACCUAGCCCUCCAGUCGCACCUGCUGCACGUGGCGAUGCUGAAGCAAGAGCGCGAAAGGGGCAACAAGUCACCUCACCCCGACGAUGUGGCUCUCCAGAACCAACUGCGCCUGCUGGCUUGGCAGAAGGAGCGCGAGAGAGUCAGCAAUCCUCAGCAGCCACCCAGCACACCUCCGAGAGACACUACGCCUCCACCCUUCUUCAAACAGCAACAACAGCACUCGGCGUCGCCGAUGUUCCCCAUGAACUUUGCUCAAAAGGAGGUCUGCGUGCCUUCCAGCCCGUCAGACGUGUUCCGGCCGUUCCUACCGACGUACAAGAGAUCGGCGGAUACACCUAGCGACAGCGGCGCGUCGUCGGUAGACGGUGGAGACGGCCAGGACACCGAGUCCAGGAGUAACUCAGCGCUCAGCUACUUCAAAGCCAGCGCUGCGUCUCCGACACUUUCGGAAAGGGACUUCCCAGCGAGGAAGAUCAACGCUACGGUGACACUGACGACCGGUUACCAUCCUCAUCAGAGUCUAGGCCUGGUCUACCCGCCGCCAGGUUUGGUCACGCCAGCAGCGUCCCAGCACUCGCCUAGAGGAGGCGACCUGCUGCUAGUCAGCCCGAGUCCGGGUGGUCUAGCGGUCGAGCAGGACGAACCCAUCGACCUCAGCGUCAGGUCCAGCAGAAGCUCCCCUAGACCUAGCCAGUCGUCCGAGGAGGACAACAGAUCGAACGACAACGACUGCGAUCGAGAUAGUCCAGCCAAGGAGGAGGCCACCACCAAGAGCAAACCGUUGGACCUGACGCUGGGUGUGAAGAGGCCAACGGAGUUGCCUCUGUCGCUGUGAGGGUUCUGGCGACCUGGCAAGCCCUAGACGGGCUGGUCCCAAGUUUUGAAGCACCGUUGAGUGCCGCAGAAGCUUCUUGGAAGAAGCUGGACUGAUGCAGGAUAGAUGACAAGUCUCUUUCGGAAGAGAUUAGAGGGAUGAAGAAGAUUAAUGGGACUGACGAUGGUGGAUCGUAACAUGAUCGGAGUACGGAAGGAUAUGGCGGGUCGCGGUGGAGGUGCCCGGCGAACGAAAAUGUGUUCAAAUCUGUACAUAGCUGUCCGUCGAAGCGAUCCGAGACCUCGAGAUUAAUUUAUUUACGGUUAGCGGCCUAUAGGAGCAAGCGAAUCGCCUAAUUUCAAUUAACCUUUUUGGCUCCACGGACACGUUAUAGAGGUUUCUUUUUUAUUUCCCCACGACGCGUCCGUGUACGUACACGGACCGGACGAGUACAGUAAGUCCUGUAUAAAGAAAUCCCCGGAGAGUCUCGCGGAUGUACCGGCCAGUAGUUGAGUGCCUUAAUAUAAUAUAUUUAUAUACAGAUAUUCUUUAUGUAUAUGUAA